ACAUGAUUGCGGGUAUAACGGCCGCCGUAGCAGCAGGCUCCAGUUUAGCGGGUACGACCGUCAGCGCCAUGACCAGCAGUGGAGGGUACAGUGUAGCCUGUGGGAUCGAGACUGCUAGCUGGACCAAGUAUACUCUGGAGAAGCCUACGGCGUUCAAUGACGGCGGACUGAUUAAAACCCCACCGAUAGAUAUUCUACCGGGUGUCAAGGAGGCAAUGGUGGCUCAUAAGACUGGAUGAACUGCUACAGGGACGUAUGGCUCAGUUUCCUGGGUCAUCAAGGACAGGCGUGCGGUAGUGAUGUGGGCAGUGCCAUUCAACCAUGACUACUACA